AUGAGUAUGAUAUCGAGCGUAUUUAAUAGUAUUCAUAAAUUAAUUAGGUGGUCCUUGAUCGCUGGAAGAAUUCCGGGGCGGACAGACAAUGAGAUCAAGAAUUACUGGAACACCCAUUUAAACAAGAGAUCAUCCUCCGAUCAAGAACUACUGGAACACCAUAAACCUAGUAUUAAUCCGAAAAAUCAACAUAAUGAGAAAGGGUUAAUACCAUCAGAUCAGUCUCACAAGGCUAAGGCGAUUAGACCAAAACAUUUCAAGUGCACAAAGGUUGAUGUGGGCAUCCCAUCGCAUCUUCAAGAUGACCAAGAUCAUCAAAUCAUGGUUGACACAACAAAUAAUAUUAAUUCUGUUAGCUCAUCAGUUCCUGCUGGUUCUUCAUCCAAUGACCUGUUCAUAUUAGACUUGCUAAACAGUACGGAAAUCCAGCAAGCCCAAAUGAAGGAAUGGCAAGUGGCUAUGGUGGAGAAUUAUUGGAGGGGUAGCCCUAUCAUUGCUGAUGUCGAUCCAUUUGAACCUAAUAUUGAUGGAGAGGUAGCGUUCAAUGCACUUUCAUCUUUUAUGAACAUUGAAGAUUAUCAAUAUUGGAUUAAUUAG